UUUUAGGCGUUGCCAUUCACCGUUUUAACGGACAGCAUGUGCAACUGCUGCUGCUGUUAUAUGUAUUAAAAAAUUACGAUGCCACAGCAAGCGAAUGUCAGUAAACCUAAUGAAUCCACAAUAAAAGUGCCAUUUGAUACGCCAGAGCAUGCCAAGAUAGCAUAUCGCGUGUUGAGUGUGGAUCAGGAGCCACGCAGAAACUUUGUGCAAAAAACGUUGAGCCUGGAGGACGAUGUGCUAGUGGUGCACUUUAGUGCCGAUCAAGUGAAAAAUCUGCGCACCGCCAUAACGUCGUUCUUUGAGUGCCUGCUGCUCUGCCAGGAUACCAUCAAAUUGUUUGGCCCAGAACAAUCCGAAACCGAAACGCAACUAAAGAACAAUGCCGGAACACAGUCCAGCGCCCACACCGCAUAGAGCUAUUUACGGUUUUGCAUUUUAUAUACUGUUCACCGUAUUAUUUUUUGUAUAUGUGGCGUGGGCCUUCCUGCCCGUGGAGCUGGGCCUGCACUCGUAUCUGCCGGACAAGUAUUUUGCUGUGUUUGUGCCGGUGCUAAUUCUGGUGUGUGCCUUCUUUGCCGUCAUCAUUUAUCCGGCAAUUAAUCUCUCACUGACGCCUAAUAUCGAUUCGAUUGCGUCGGUUGUCGAUCUUAAGCUAGUACUACCUAAGGGCGCACAGUUCACAUCUUGGUCACAACUGCAAUGUCAACGCUCCGUAACGACGGCCCAUCGGAAUGCAUUACCAGCAAUCCAGUGUAAUCUGUGCGAAACGGAGCACAUGGCAAAGACUCGCUCGCCCAUACCUCCCCUAAGAUUUCUAGACUUGCAAGAAGUAAACGCCACAUAUUA